AUGACUUCAUUGCCCAAGAUAUUGGUAAUCGGGUCACCAAUCGGUCUAAUUCCCGAAGACCUGUGGGCCUCCUUCUCGUCACGAUACGACGUUUUACUUUACGACUUUCCAACCACUCACAGCUUUCACGAAGGCCUACAAAACGGACCAUGCAGCGAUAUCGUUGCCAUCGUUAGACUCGGGUUGAACAUUCCAGCAGGAGCCGCAAAAGUGGGACAAGGAUGGACAAAGGCAGCGCUCCCAUUCCUUCCAUCCAGCCUCGAGGCCAUUGUGAACUUUGGCCAUGGCUACGACGAGGAGGAUAUUCUCGGACUCGAUGCACGUGGGAUACGCUUUUUUAACACAACGGGAGGAACCCAGGCGACGGCCACUAUCGGGAUAUAUCUCAUUAUUGCUGCAUUCCGCCAAGUUAGUCGGUACGAAAGAAUGCUGCGCAACGGAGAUUUCCUUCCAGCACUGAGAGAUUCGGCCAAACACGCAGUAGAUCCGCAUGGCAAGAGCGUCGCGAUCAUUGGCAUGGGCUCAAUAGGACAGGCAGUCGCCCGACUGGCUGCCGCCCUAGGUAUGAGAGUACAUUGUGUCAAACGGCCUAGCUUGCAGCAUCUCAUAGAUGUGAGUAAGAAUGAGCACCAAUGCGGAGGCAGCCUUCCAAUUUUGACCUUGCAUGACGAUAUCAACUCCUUGGUCGCAACGGUUGACUGCGUUGUCCUGUCCUGUUCAUACACUCCCUCGACACAUCACCUUGUCGAUAAGGAACUGCUCGAAAGAAUGAAGCCUGGCGUUCGCAUUGUGAAUAUUGCCCGGGGUAAGUGCAUCGACGAGGGAGCUCUGUGUUACGCAAUCGAGAACGGGAAGGUCGGCGGCGUGGGGUUGGAUGUCCACUACAACGAACCCCAAGUCAACCCAAAGCUACUCUCAUACGACUGCGUCACUCUUCUGCCUCACAUUGGUGGACUCACCAACGAAACCAUGAGCAACCACGCAAUUAUGUGUCUAGAGAGAAUUGAUAGCUUCUUCCAAAAAUGA